GUAUUUAAAAAUAUUAAAUACAAAAUGUUCAAACAAGAUAUUAUUUUAUUAUUUACUAUUUAGUUUCGUUUAUCGAUUAUGAAGAAAUUGCUUAUCGUCGAUGAAAAGACAUGACGAUUGUAAAUGUUGUUAUCGACAAACAAAGAUAUUACGGGAAAAAUAAUAUUUCCCGUAUAUCAUAUAUCUAUUGACUAUUUGGCUAUUUAUAGUUCAUAGUAUCAUAGCACGGCGACACCCCGAAUCACAGUAUCCCACAUACACACACACACACACACACACACCGUCACUCCGCACUCGUUAUUUGUUAAUCGUCCAGUCACUAUAAGACACUAUAGUUGUCAAUCGUUGUAAUAUUAUUGUUUGCACACUGCCGUGAGUCCUGACUAUAUAGAAUUGUUUUAAAAUACGCAGUAUAUUUUUAAUUUUUAUAUUAAAGACUUAACUAGUAUGGAAAAUGAACUAAUUCUUCCGUGGAAUAUUUAUAAUAUUCAUUUUAAAGUUAUUAAAAUAAUAAAUAGUUGCGAGUUGUACACUACGUACGAAGUAUCUUGCAAACAUUGUAUUUGUUCAAAGACGCGUACUGCUGAUUCACGUGCCCCAUCAAAUCUUCGCAAGCAUUUGAAAGAUAAACAUAGUAAUGUCAAGUCUGUUAGAGAAUUACUAGCUCCUUCUACUACUGUUUCAAUAGAUGUUAAAAGAAAAGUCAACACUGAAAUUAAUGAUAAUUCUGAUGUAAAAAAAAUCAAAAAUUUAAAUACUGUUCAGAUGUCAAUACUUAAUUGUUCAAAUCGUAAAAGUUUGACUUCUCAAGAAGACCUUGAUCAAAUGAUCUUAGACGUCAUAAUAAAUGCACAUUUACCAUUCAAUUUGGUUUCUCAUGAAAGUUUUAAAACAAUUAUUUCCAAAGGCUAUCCUGGAAGAACUGUAUUAUGUCGCCAGACUUUAAUGAAACGUAUAGAUAAUAGCUAUAAAGUUGCCUUUGAUAAAUUAAAGAACAAGUUGAAUUUGGUUGAAUUUGUAUCAACGACAGCCGAUGCUUGGUCUACAUUUAAAAGAUCAUACUUAGGAAUUACUGUUCACUGGAUCGAUACAGAAACAUUUGAACGCCAAUCUUAUUUGCUAUCUAUAAAACCUUUGAAAGGUAAACAUACUUAUGAUGUACUGGCUAGAGCAAUGGAGUCACGUAUAUUCCUAGGUUUUGUUGCCUCGCGGCUACAACCGCGGACCUCACAUUAGCGCUGUGCGCUAGUCGAGAGCCGCGG